CAUGUUUUGAUUUUGCUUUACUUCAAGCGAGGAAAUAUAUUAUUAAAAAAUUUUUUAAAUUUGCUAAUCAAUAUUGGGUUGAAUGAUUUUAGCCAAAAUAAAUAUUUUGUCAUCAUAGAUUUGGAUUUUUUUUUUAUUUUAUGACAGCAGUUAAAAACUUUUACUCGUUCUUUUGUAUACCUCGUUUGUUUACCUCGUGUUAAGAAUGUCCAGCGCAAGCGGUGAACCGGAUGCAGGGAUGUCCAUUUCCAAAGAUGCUGUACUGAAGAGAAGUAAGCCCAUAGCUGAAAAUACACCUCAGGUGCAGGGCUAUGACUUUAACCAUGGUGUGGAUUACAGCAAACUAUUUGAAUCCUAUGUAAACACCGGCUUUCAGGCCACCAAUCUUGGCCUGGCCAUCAAGGAAAUAAACAGAAUGUUGGAUUGCAGGGCCCAGCCUUUGGAACCAGAUCAAGAGGACAGUCAUGAGUCGGAUGACUUUAUACGCCGUCGCAGCAAGUGUACCAUUUUCCUGGGCUACACAUCCAAUCUCGUGUCUUCAGGAAUGCGAGAAACCCUGCGUUUCCUGGCCGAACAUCGAAUGAUCGAUGCCAUUGUUACCACAGCAGGGGGAGUGGAGGAGGAUUUUAUUAAAUGUUUAGCCCCCACUUACAUGGGAUCCUUCGAGCUUAGUGGAAAGGAACUUCGCGAGCGUGGCAUCAACCGCAUUGGAAAUUUGCUGGUACCCAAUGAUAAUUAUUGCAAAUUUGAAGAUUGGCUAAUGCCUCUGCUCGACGAGAUGCUAGAAGAGCAGCGCACUAAAAGCACCGUUUGGUCGCCAUCACGAAUCAUUCAGAGAUUGGGCGAACGCAUCGGGGAUCCUAGCUCAAUAUACUAUUGGACAGCCAAAAACCAAAUUCCAGUGUUUUGUCCUGCCCUAACCGAUGGCAGUUUGGGUGACAUGAUGUACUUCCAUUCGUUUCGUCAGCCUGGUCUCGUGGUGGACAUUCUGUCCGACUUAAGGCGUCUUAAUACCAUGGCCGUUAAGGCUGUCAACAGCGGCAUGAUUAUUGUAGGCGGUGGUGUGAUUAAACAUCACAUAUGCAAUGCAAAUCUAAUGAGAAAUGGUGCCGAUUUCUCGGUUUUUAUCAAUACAGCAUCGGAGUUUGAUGGCAGCGAUAGCGGAGCCCGGCCAGAUGAAGCCGUAUCAUGGGGGAAAAUCAAAAAGGAUGCAACGCCAGUCAAGGUAUAUGCAGAGGCCAGUUUGGUAUUUCCACUAAUUGUUGCUGAAACGUUUGCCAAACGUCACUUUAAAAAUUAAAAGAAAAAAACAAACAAUCCUUAAGUCAAUAGUCUAUUUGUGUGAUAAACCCAAAUACUUGUUAAAGAGAAUGCUAUUGAGAUAUUAAAAGCAAUAAACAACAUUUCUCUACAAAAUGAA